GAAAGAUGUCAGCGCCCAUGUUUUGGUAAACCAACAAACAACAUUUGGAAGAAGGCUUCUUAUUAUUGCAAAAUGCCAAAGUAUGGAAUUGAGGAAGAGGAUCGACCUCCAUCGAAUGUAGCUUGUUCAGGCUUGAGAGAAGACCUAAAGGAAUGCCUUUUAAAAAGUGACUGCGUCCGACUUGAUAAAAAUACUCCUUUAGAAUGUCUACGACAGGGACAUGAUGCUAAGGUCCCAAGUGAAUGUCAUGCUCUCAGGGUUGCAUUUUUUGAAUGUAAAAGAUCAGUGCUUGAUAUGAGGACACGGUUUAGAGGAAGGAAGGGUUACUAGUCUUCCCUUAUUGCUUAGAUUUGAAUGCGGCAUGAUAUUUGGACACAGGAAGAUCUUAAAGUGACACUUGGGCAUGGACGUGGGUGGCAAGGACGAUUAUACUCCUCCCUGCCACAAUGCACCGCUCUUUGCAGCAUCCCAUUGAAUGAAAUGUCCCGAUUACAAUCUGCUGCAAAUACUGAAUAUUUGUCAGUUGGAAAGAUAGAGCAAGGAACAUUGUACCAAUGUAAAUAAUAAUAUGACAGGGGUAUUGGAGAGCAGCAUAUUGUAGUGUGAGAUAACACAUCAUGUACACAAGGUUGUCUUUUGGAACAUUUUGUGAAAAUGAUUUAGGAUAAACAAGUGAGAGUGCAUAGAGACAGUGUCUGCUCUUGAUGAAAACCAUCAAGUUUGUAUAACUUAUAUAAAUAAUAAAACAUGUGUGUUUGU